AUGUACAAAAAUACAAACAAAAAGCCUUGCCACAUUUGUGCAGCUCCAAAGUGUUGUAAUAAUUCUAGAAAAAGUAAUGUUAGCUUUUUUUCGUUUCCAAAAGAUGUUAAUAGGGCAAAAAUUUGGUUAAUGGCAUGUGGACGAGAAAACUUAUUGGAUAAGACAGAACGUUUACAUAAAAGUCAUCGUCUUUGUGGAACUCAUUUCGACAAUAAGAUGUUUCUGAAUGAUAUGAGAAAUCGAUUACAACCUUCUGCAGUUCCCACAAACUUUCCUUUAAUGGAGGGCUCAUCAACUUUUGAUCAUACUUAUUCUGCAGUAGUCCAAAACAUAUGUAUUCCAAGAUGUCCUAUUAAUGAAGGCUGGCCAUCUCCAACUACAGGCCAAACUUUAAGAACCUAG